UGGUGAAUUAACACAGCGGGUUCCGCGCUUACGAUUCGCUACAGUGUGAUCGGCAACUGCAAACGACAAUGAGGAUACUCGUGUUCACAGCGUUAGUCGCGUUGGCGUGCGCUUCCUACGAAGAGGAACACGGCGGAGGCUCUACUUACCACGAGACGUCAAAACCCGUAGAGAUUCCUAUUUAUAAGAAAUAUGCAAUACCUAUUCCGCACCCGGUCCCGGUGGCGGUUCCCCAGCAUAUCAAGGUCCCUAUUCCGCAACCCUAUCAAGUCGAGGUGCCUGUGCCACAUCCGGUGCCUGUGGAAGUUGUCAAACAUGUCGAAAUUCCAGUCGAGAAACCCGAGCCCUAUGUCGUAGAGAAGAAGGUGCCGUACGUCGUGGAGAAACCGUACGCGGUAACAGUCGAAAAGCACUUCCCGGUGCCGAUUCCGAAACCGUAUCCGGUCCACGUACCUGUCUACAAGCACGUGUUCCAUCACCAGAGCAAAGGACACGGAUGGAAGCAUUGAUCGAAAUACAUACGACACGAAUAAAUUUCAAUUAUAAUACCUGUACAUAGCCCGUUGCUGGUUACAUUAAUGUGAUAUACGUUGUUACGUUUGUGGAAUAAACAUGUUGUUUUCGUAACGGCGUCAAUUUUCUCCCCCUGGUCGGAACGAUUAAAAAGGUUUCGAAAGCCGUCGCUAGUCCGCGGGUUCGUCCAACGCGCGCGCAGCUGUGCGAGUCACUUUUUCUUUGUAUCGCAGUAUUUCUUAAUUGGGUCAGCUAAGCCCGCUCGGAUCUCGCCAAUCCGGAGACUCCGUCUACUUUUUCCAAUCGCCUGGAUUAAAUAAUUACUGCGCAAAUUGGAGAAA